AUGCUCCUUCUAUCCCUCCGCCGAGUGUAUGCUUUUGUGCUGCUGGUCAGUGUCCUCUGCUUCACGACGAGCGCUGCCUCCUCCGACGCUGGGGCACUGGAUGGAUUGAGCCAGAUUCCGCUAUGCGCCCUGCAAUGUAUCACGGAAAACGUGCCUGCCAUCGGCUGUGGGCUUGUUGACUUGGAGUGCCAAUGCAAUUCUAAGAACUCGACCAAGAUCCUGCAACCGUGUUUGGAAAAGCGAUGCACUUACGAUGAGACCUUCGCUACGCUCCGCGCCCAAGCCUCUAUUUGCAACAGGCCGCAUAAUAACCUGGCGACCCCCAUUCGAAUCGUGGCAUACGUGAGUGGCAUCAUACCAAUCAUCGUGAUUGUAAUGCGCUUUGGUUCCCGAUAUGUCGGUGGUAACAAGCUUUGGUGGGACGAUUGGCUCCAUCUCAUAGCAGUCAUUCUGGUCAUCCCCAUGACUGUUGCCCUCUUAUUGAACCUCAAAGCAGGACUCGGCUAUCACAUAUGGGAUCUGACAUAUCAACGCGUCGUGUCAAUUGGAAGAUGGACCUAUAUUGCCACCAUGUUCUGGGGUGUUGAAUUGCUCCUUAUAAAGUACAGCAUCCUCUGUCUAUAUAUCCGCAUCUUUCCGAACCUCUGGCUGAAGCGGGCGAUCUACGCCUUCAUGGUCUUCACGGCUCUAUUCACCGUUCCCCUAAUCUUUCUGGCUGCCUUCCAAUGCAUUCCAGUCCACGCUAUAUGGGACCUCCAAGAGCAGGGAACUGCGAAAUGCAUUGACUAUAUCGCCGUCUUGAGACUGACGGUCGUAUACGAAAUCAUCGCCGAGACUAUUCUCUUCAGUCUUCCUAUCCCGAUCGUAUGGAAGCUGCAGAUGCAGACUACAAAGAAGAUUCAGCUACUGGUCUUCUUUAGCCUUGGUAUCUGUGUUAUUGUCAUGUCCAUCAUACGCCUACCGUUCCUACCAGGUGUUGUCGACACUACCGAUCCAACCUACACAGUGGCAGGCACAUCCAUCACCGGAUUCAUAUCCAGCGGAGUCGCACAUAUAUGCGCUGCCGUCCCCACCAUCAGGAACUUGAUACGCUUCGUCCAGAACGGGUUCAAGAUGCCCACGAAGGAUUCUUCAAGCUACGCUCCAAACCCCAGCACUUACAACUCCACGAGCAAACGAAGCUACAAGUCAUUGGAGGACAAGAAGAAUGGCUUUAUCACAGCACAACAGCGAAGCAAAGCCUCAUCCCGCGAGACAAAGGACCCAUAUCGCCUGUCUGCAAUUAUGGAUGUCGAAGAAGAUGGUAGAGUCGUGGAGCUACGUGCGAUGGAGUCCCCAACUCAUGCGGAUGCAUUGGAUGACGAGGAACGGGGUGAACAACAAGGGAAGAAUGGAUUGGCUUUGCGCGUGGAGGAACAACUUCCUACUAUCGUUCGCGAAUCUCCGUCGCCAGGGUUGGAAGACUCGGCGUCUCAGAGGUCUAUACUUCACCAACAUUCUUAUGCAUAA